AUGUCCCGUUUGGCCCUCGUUCUGGGCGCGCUGACUCUGACUUUGUGGGCGACGUGCAGCCGCGGAGCCAUGGACGAGUGCGCGGACGAGUCCGGGCAGCCUCAGCGCUGCAUGCCCGAGUUCGUGAACGCCGCCUUUAAUGUGACCGUGGUGGCCACGAACACCUGCGGCUCUCCGCCCGAGGAGUACUGCGUGCAGACCGGCGUGACCGGAGUCACAAAGUCCUGCCACAUCUGCGACGCCCGGGACCCGAGGCAGCAUCACAGCGCGGUCUACCUCACCGACUACAACAACCAGGCGGACACCACCUGGUGGCAAAGUCAGACCAUGCUAGCGGGCAUCCAGUACCCCAACUCCAUCAACCUCACCCUUCACCUGGGCAAGGCCUUUGACAUCACCUACGUGCGUCUCAAGUUUCACACCAGCCGUCCAGAAAGCUUUGCCAUCUACAAGCGCACCAGCGAAGAUGGGCCCUGGAUCCCAUACCAGUACUACAGUGGCUCAUGUGAGAAAACCUACAGCAAGUUGAACCGUGGCUUCAUCCGCACCGGAGAGGAUGAGCAGCAGGCACUUUGUACAGACGAGUUCAGCGACAUCUCGCCGCUUACUGGAGGAAACGUGGCCUUCUCCACGCUCGAGGGUCGGCCAAGCGCAUACAACUUCGACAACAGCCCUGUGCUGCAGGACUGGGUGACUGCCACAGACAUCCGAGUGACCCUAAGCAGGCUGAACACAUUCGGAGAUGAAGUCUUCAAUGAUCCCAAAGUCCUCAAAUCCUACUAUUAUGCCAUCUCUGACUUUGCUGUGGGAGGAAGGUGCAAGUGUAACGGCCAUGCCAGCGAAUGCGUGAAGAACGAGUACAGUAAACUUGUGUGUAACUGCAAACACAAUACGGAAGGUGAUGACUGCAGCGUGUGCAAGCCCUUCUAUAACGACCGUCCCUGGAGAAGAGCUACGGCCGACAACGCCAACGAGUGCCUGCCAUGCAACUGCAACGGUAAGAGCGCAGAGUGCUACUUUGACCAAGAGCUCUACCGCAACACUGGUCAUGGAGGCCAUUGCCGGAACUGCGCAGAUAACACGGAUGGACCCAACUGCGAGCGCUGUCUGGAUAAUUACUACAGAGACGCAUCGGGCCAGCGCUGUCUGCCCUGCAGCUGCAACCCUGUGGGCUCUCUCAGCACACAGUGUGACAACUCUGGUCGCUGCAGCUGCAAACCAGGUGUGAUGGGAGACAAAUGUGACCGCUGCCAGCCUGGAUUCCACACACUGACCCAGGCAGGCUGCAGGCCCUGCUCUUGUAACCCUGCCGGAAGCACACAGGAGUGCGAUGUCAAUACUGGACGUUGCCAGUGCAAGGACAAUGUAGACGGCUUCAGCUGUGACAGGUGUAAACUGGGCUACUUUAACCUGGACUCUCAGAAUCCUCAGGGUUGUACACCUUGCUUCUGUUUUCUUCAUUCCACCGUGUGUGAAAGUGCAGAUGGCUACAGCAUAAACACAAUCACCUCCACCUUCAACCGAGAUGAUGAAGGCUGGAAGGGCCAACAGAGAGAUGGCUCCAGUGUGCCAGUGCAUUGGUCUGCAAGCUCUCAGGAAAUCUCGCUCAUCUCAGACGACUACUUCCCCAUGUACUUUGUGGCCCCAGCAAAAUUUCUUGGUAACCACUUGCUGAGCUAUGGUCAGAAUCUCACACUGAACUUCCGAGUAGAGAGGCGUGAUACUCGUCUUUCAGCUGAGGAUGUGGUGUUGGAAGGGGCAGGGUUCCGUGUCGCUGUACCACUCAUCGCCCAAGGAAACGCUUAUCCUGGAGAGCAAAUGCAGACUUUUGUGUUCAGGCUACAUCAAACUACAGACUAUUCUUGGAAACCAAUGCUGAAACAUGGAGAGUUUCAGAAGCUUCUCCACAACCUUACUUCCAUCAAGAUCCGUGGAACCUACAGUGAGAGAAGUGCAGGCUACUUGGAUAAUGCCUCCUUGGUGACUGCCCGGCGUGGUCCUGGAACUCCAGCGCGCUGGGUGGAGAAGUGUAAUUGUCCUCAGGGCUAUGUGGGUCAGCAUUGUGGCCAGUGUGCUGUAGGAUACCGGAGGAGUAACCCUGAGCUGGGCCAAUACAGCCCCUGUGAGCCCUGCAAUUGCAAUGGCCACAGUGAUACUUGUGACUCUGUAACAGGAAUGUGUAACUGCCAGGACAAUACAGCUGGGAUGAGCUGCGAGAGGUGUAAGGAUGGUUAUUAUGGCGACGCUACUGUAGGCUCAUCGUCUGACUGUAAGCCCUGCCCAUGUCCUUCAGGAGCCACCUGCGCAAUUGUGCCCAAAACCAAAGAUGUGGUGUGCACCAACUGCCCAGCAGGCACUACAGGCAAACGCUGUGAGUUGUGCGAUGAUGGUUUCUUCGGUGACCCUCUGGGCACAAGCGGCCCAGUCAGGGCCUGCCGGGCGUGUAAAUGCAGUGACAACAUCGACCCUAAUGCCGUGGGCAACUGUGACCGAGAGACAGGCGAAUGCCUCAAGUGCAUCUACAACACAGACGGAUUCUUCUGUGACCGCUGUAAAGAAGGUUUCUACGGCAAUGCCCUGGCUGCCAACCCAGCUGACAAAUGCAAACCUUGUUCCUGCUCUCCAUACGGAACUGUGGACCGACAGACCACAUGUAUGCAGGUGACGGGCCAAUGCCAGUGUUUGCCCCACGUCACCAACCGAGACUGUGGCGCCUGCGAGCCUGGCUUCUACAACCUGCAGAGUGGCAAGGGCUGCGAACGGUGCAACUGUAACCCUAUCGGCUCCACUAACGGCCACUGUGACAUUGUAAGUGGGCAGUGUGAGUGUCAGCCUGGGGUCACUGGUCAACGCUGUGAGCACUGUGAGGUCAACUUCUUUGGCUUCAGCUCCUCUGGGUGCAAACCUUGUGACUGUGACCCUGAGGGCUCACGGACAGCUCAGUGCAGAGAUGAUGGCUAUUGUGAGUGUCGUCCAGGCUUCGUGGGCAUUCGCUGUGAUAUGUGUGAGGAGAAUUACUUCUAUAACCGCUCCACUCCUGGCUGCCAGCAGUGCCCUAACUGCUACAGCCUUGUGAGGGACAAGGUGAAUCAGCAGAGGCAGAAGCUUCAUGAGCUGCAGACCCUGAUUGACAACCUGGGCAGCCAAGAUACAGUGAGUGACAAGGCAUUUGAGGAUCGUCUGAAAGAAGCUGAGAAAGCCAUCAUGGAUUUACUGAGAGAGGCUCAAGCCAGCAAAGAAGUGGACAAAGGCCUUUUAGAUCGUCUUAAAGCCAUCAACAGCACUCUGACGACCCAAUGGAACCGCCUGCAGAAUAUCAGGAACACUGUGGACAACACUGGUACACUGGCAGACAAAGCCCGCAACAGAGUGCGAGAGGCUGAGAAAUUAAUUGACCGGGCCAGAGAGGAGCUGGACAAGGCCAAGGACGCCAUCAGCAAAGUGGACAUCAAAACUCCCACGACCGCUGGAGAUCCCAACAAUAUGACACUCCUUGCUGAAGAGGCUCGCAAUCUGGCAGAGAAGCAUAAGAUGGAAGCUGACCAGAUUGAGAAAACUGCAAAAGAUGCCAAUGACACUUCCACCAAGGCCUACAACUUGCUGAAGAAGACUCUGGAUGGCGAGAAUAAAAUCAACAGCGAUAUUGAUGAACUUAACAAGAAGUACAAUGAGGCAAAGGAUCUGGCAAAGAACCUGGAGAAACAAGCCAGUAAGGUGCAAGCUGAAGCAGAAGAGGCAGGAAACAAAGCACUGAAAAUCUAUGCCAACCUCACCAGCCUGCCACCUUUUGAUGUCAAAUCAUUAGAGGAUGAGGCCAAUAAGAUAAAGAAGGAGGCGGCAGACCUGGAUAAGCUUAUUGAUAAGACUGAGAAGGAGUACAAUGAUCUGAGAGAUGACCUGAAGGGUAAAGAGAACGAGGUUCGCAAACUACUGGAGAAGGGGAAGACUGAGCAACAGACUGCUGAUCAGUUGCUGGCAAGGGCAGAUGCAGCCAAGGCCCUGGCGGAGGAGGCAGCGAAGAAAGGGAUGUCCACAUACCAGGAGGCCCAGGACAUUCUCAACAACCUCCGAGAUUUUGAUAAGAGAGUGAAUGACAACAAGACCGCAGCUGAGGAGGCCAUGAAGCGUAUCCCAGAAAUCAAUGCAACCAUCAACGCGGCCAAUGAGAAGACCCGGCAGGCUGAGGGGGCGCUUGGCAAUGCAGCAGCCGAUGCUAAAGAGGCCAAGUCCAAAGCAGAGGAAGCAGAGAAAAUUGCCAGCAAUGUUCAGAAGGGAUCAGCUAAAACCAAGGCGGAUGCAGAGAAGGCCUUUGAAGACACAAUGAAACUGGAUAAAGAAGUAAAUGACAUGAUGAAUCAGCUGGCAGCUGCAGAGAAAGAACUAGGGGCAAAGACAGAUGAAGCAAACCAGGACAUGAUGAUGGCUGGUAUGGCAUCUGACAAUGCGAAGAAAGCAGAGGAAAACGCCCGCAAAGCCAAAGACGCUGUCCGCACAGUACUCGGCACAAUCAACGAUUUGCUCGGCCAGCUAGGCAACAUCGAUAAGGUGGAUCUGAGCAAGCUGGACCAGAUCGACAACUCGCUGAAGGAAGCCAAAGAGAAAAUGGCUGGGAGUGAGCUGGAUAAGAAGCUUAAGGAGCUGAACGAUAUCGCCAAGAGCCAGGAGGGCAUGAUCAAUGACUAUGACAGGCAAAUUCGCGAGAUCCGUGCCGACAUUGCCAACCUCAAUGACAUCAAGAACACACUCCCCGAGGGAUGCUUCAACACGCCAUCUCUAGAGCGGCCUUAACCUCGCUCCUCCUCACACCAUGCCCUCCCUCGCCAUCUCCCCCUCUUCUCCUUGUCUGUGCCACACCUUUCGCCAUCUAACACUUGGGGCAAGAUGCCACACUUUACCAAAACAGCUUUUUGUCUUUUGCAAAUCUGUGUUUUUUUUUUUUGUUUGUUUUUGUAAAAGCUUUUGUUUUUAUUUCCACAAGAGAAGCCACAAUUUUCAGGCCAUUUCCACAUUUUAGAAGUAAAAGAUGAUGAAAGCAGCUUUUUUUCUUUCCUUUUUUCGGAUAUGCAGCGAUGCUACAACGUGAAGAAAGCUUUUAACUAAAACGGCUUACACCGAUUGUGUGUGCUGGCUCGUGUGAGUGUACACUGAAACGGGCUAGAAGAGGUGGCCUCUCUUGAGAGUCGAAUGUGAUCCCACAUGACUGCACCACCUCCACUUCCUCCUCCUCCUCUUCUAAUCUCCAUGCUCGUCCGCCCUCAGAUUCAGUCUUCUGCUUUCAUUCGCAGUGCCACGAAGAGGCCGUCUGUUCGCUUCAACCAGAGGACAGGUUCGGGUUUUAUCAGCCCGCUUGAGGAGGGGUGUGUUUUUGUUUUUGUUUUUGUUUUUUUUUUUGUUUUUUUACAUUUUGUUUAAGCUAUUGUCCAACACUCACUACAUUAUUUUACAUUGAUCAUCGCUUUCAUUGGUUCAGAAAACGGACAGUGAAGGAAUCUUCUGCUGUGUCUUCAUAAUCUGCCUCUCCUCUCUCUAAGUUACAAGCCCCAUCUUGCGAUGGUCGUGUGCAGAGAGAGUUAGUAACAUUUCAGUAUUCAGCUUGACUCAUGUCAGUCUACUGGCACGUAACUAUAGACGGUUAUGUGCAGAGUGUCGUGUGGAGUCCUUGCUAGGCUCUCUUUAUAUCAAGUGGGUUCAUACAACUCAGUGAAACAGCAUGGUCUAAAUGCAUUUCAUGUACUUAUUUUUAACACUACAAAAACAAUUUUUUUUUUGUUUUGUUUUUUUUCUCAGAAGCUGCUGCUUACUUACAAGUGUACUGCAAAUCACGUUAACUUUUUUUUCAAGGCAAAAUCCAACACUAUGCAACUUUGUACAUUUGCGUAGCAAGACUUUUAUCUGAUACACUGGUGCUAAUAAUUAUUUCAAAUGUUAUAUUUUUGUGUGAAUGUUUUUUUUAUUAUUAUUAUUAUUAUUAUAUAGAGUGAGGAUUUGUUAUUUGUGUAAAUAUAUGCUUAAAUGUUUCAGGAAUGGCUGAUUUAAAAAACAAAACAAAAAAAAAAAACCCAACCAGCCACCUCAUAGGUAAUUUUACAAGAAAAAUCAGCUGAAACCUCCACCUCCAUAAUAUAUAAAUAUAUAUAAGUUCUGUGGUAUAAUAUGCUUGCUUGUAUACAUGGCUCCGUUUUGUUGCCUCAUAGCUCCGCCACUUAUUUUAAUUGUCUUUAAUUUUCAGUGGGUGGUUAACAAGUUGAUGGAUAAUCCUCUCUUCACCCUUAACUUGACUGUUGAAAACGGUCUAAACACGUACGAUUAACAUUUCAAAAAGUAUUUUACCAGAAUUGUUUGUUGGGUCACACAUUGCUAGUUAAUCAGCUUUGAUGGUGUUUGGUGCCUCUAACAUUCAGAUGUAAUCCUCAGCCCACUCGACCCGAGGCUUAUGUUAUUUUUAUACAUGGACAUCACAUAAGUUGCACACGAUCUAAGAUCUUUGCUAAGCAUAUUUCUGAUGUCCUUAGUUUUUAAAAGCAGGGAGAUAAUUUAGGGGUCCACUACCAAUGCCUUAACACAUUUCUAUUCAUUUCUCAAUCAGAUUUUUCCUUUUUUUUUUUUUUUUUUUCUUUUUUUUCCUUCCCCCCCACCUCAUUUCUAUUGCUUUCCCAUUUAGUCUUUUGACUGUAUUGACUUUGAAGCUACCACUUGUAACGGCAUAUUUUGUGGGAUGUAACUGUGGAAUCUGUCACCAAAUUGUUUCGAAUGGAAGCUUUUCCACCGCUCACCCGACCACUGUGGACAAAAGUGCAACAUGUACACCAUUAUGUAUAAAACAGUAUUUCUAAUUUAUAAUGUAUCAAGUAUUUUUGGUCUUUGUUCUUUUAGUAUGCGUUUGUGUAUGUUGCACAGUCUUUGUUGGUUAUGGAGAGUAUACCGGUUUUUAAAAAAAUCCCACCUUUCAUUUUUAAGACACUCCUUUCACAAACACUCUGAUGGACCUGAGAAACUCCAGCUUGUUACCCAUUUUGCCUGUAAAUCCAAUUGUAACAUUUGAAUAAUAAACCGUGGUUAUUACAGGAU